AUGGCGGCGGGAGAGGUUUUUCCUAUCUCCUGCGUUAGAAUGUUACAGUCACCUAGCCCGUCUUUACAAAACAGCAUCAAAUUUUCAUACAGUGGAAGAUACUUCAGUGCACUGUGCGAUUUCGGAGCUGUCCAAGUUUGUCAACUGAAAGGUAAAAUUGGGAGGAUUGGUCGAGGCAAUUGAGUUUCAGGUGGCCGAUAAACAGAAAAAUCGUAGAAAGAAGUGUUUGUUAUGUUAGCAGUUUCUUGACACAGUCCUUUCGCUAAACUGCAGUUUAGUUGAAUAUUAUAUAAAUUAGCUAUUUGUUUUCUAUGUUUGUGGGGUAGUGAAGCACAGGCCUUUAGAUUGCAGUCCGGCCAUCAUUGUCGCGUUUGCAACCACACGUGAUAAGGCGACCAUUUUGGCUGACAAAACAGUACAAACUUUUCGCAGAAUUUUAAAAUUUCCAUCGGAGAAAUGUUUUUCUUGUUAAUAAAUAUGACCACCAUGAUAUCAGCUGUAAACCACCAACUGAGAUUUUUGAUCUGGGAUUUGCUUUGCCGGGGCCGCCCCUUAUUUUAAGAUCAACGUAAGACUUGGCUUGAAGGUCCGAAAAAAUACAUUUUUUGCAACCGGCCCCCCUUUCAUCUCAGGGUCUGGAUGACUGCCCCCUCCCCUUAUCUAAAGGUCCAGAUCCGCCACUGAAAUGUACCAUAUUUUAUCCAAUAAAAGCCAUCGCUUGAUUAAUGGCCUUCCUCGAAUAAUCCCUCCCCCUUUGACAAAAAAUAGUAACAUUGCUUCCCUCAAGGAAGUUGCAUUUGAGGUGAUGCAAUUUCUAUAUAUUCUUUUUAGUCCUUCCAGAUGAUUUUUAUACACUUCAUAGCUGUCCCUUCUCCCAAAAUGUUAAACUUACAAGUAACAGUCUUGUGACUUUGUUGUGAGCUUCAGGAGCAAUGGUGGUGCAGUGGUCAGAUAAACUGUUCACAGUCCCCUGUUUUCCGUAGGGAUCGUCGAGAUUGCGCGCUUUGCGUUAUGGGCUGCAAUCAGGGUUGUCUCUAAGAUUUCAAGUUGCCGGGUAAACACAACAAGUAGGCGGGGAAUCAAACAGCUAGGGAUUUCUUUUGGUUCUAUUUUUCUUCUAUUUUCCAAUAAAAGUAGCAGGGAGCCACUCUCUUAGUAGCCGGGGAAAAUCCCCGGCCUCCGGCUCUUAAUGAUAACCCUGUGCCAUCUUGUAUGAGUGUCAAAACUACUUAGGGGGCAGGGGAGAUCACUCACCACCCACCAAUGUGGCUUGGGUUCGAAUCCUGGCAUCGAUGCCAUGUGGGUUGAGUUUGUUGCUGGUUCUCUCUCUCUCUUUCUCCGAGAGGUUUUUGUCUGGGUUCUCCAGUUUUCACCUCUCUUUAAAAACCAACACUUUCAAAAAUCCAAUUUGAUCUGGAAUGCACAGACACGUUUCAACAAGUUGAGAACAACUAAGAACUCCUAAGUGCACUGUGGGUAAACAAAUAAUUUUACAUUUUUUUUACAAUUUGAUGACCUAUCUCACACUCUCAUGAGUUGACAAUAUUGAUUUCUCACUCUUUCUCGAAAAGUCACACUCCAAUAAACUUUUGGAGCAGCUAUAGGGUAUAUGCGUCCAAGUAAGAUACAUGGAUAUAGUAAACUCAAUCCAAAGAAAACACCUAAUGACCUCAUUUGAUUACCUGGUAGUAAAGGCAUGAAUUGCCUAAUUGGUGCAUUGUUUACAUUCUUCAUCCUCUCGUGACUUGCCACUGCCACCAAAUGCACAGAUGUCUUUGUAGUUUUGUCAUGCAAAUUAGUCUGGGAUAGAGCAUAGAAAUCAGAGGAUUUUGUUAUCCAGUGGGGUUAUCAGAAAUUUACAUUGGGCUGGCUGGCCAGCUUAGCAUUGCUACCAUGUAGUGGUGGGUGGGAAAUUACGUUUGUUUUGUUUAAAACGUUGACAUAAAAUGAAGAAAAAUUUCUGCUUUUACAUCCUAGACAUUGACAACAAUUUCACGGUUACUCCAGUAAAAAGGCUCACAUUUGACAAAGGUGAACACCUUGAAAGCCAUACCUGGUCCAGCGAUGAUGAAAUUUUUGCUGUGGCUGGACACAAGAUCUAUCUGUUUGAAGUAAGUCCACUGGAACAGUUAAAUAUUUUUGAUAUUAGCUCCUGAGAUGGGUGACUGUAAAGGUCAUUUUAUUUAUACACCGGGUGUGAAAGUUUCCAUUAAUAUAUUUUUUUAUUAAUGGAAAGGGGUCAGGGGUCCUCCUCUAAAAUUACCAUUAGCCUGUGAACAGGCAAAAAGAGUAUGGGCAAAAAAAGGGCAAGUGAUCUACGUUUCUCCCUUCCUCCCUUCCUGUCUGCUCAUGCUUUCUUCCUUUCUCUUCACCCUAAUCCUCGCUAAAGAACCUGAUUAAUACUAAGGUUAAGUGACAAUGACAAAGUUUCUUGCUGGUGGGAAAUAAGGUAGACCUACAGCUGUAGUGUAUACUUUAUGGUUAAUGAGCUAGAUUACCCUAAAAUGCCUCUGCACUUUCUACUUUUAUUUGACAGGGCUUCUGAUAUUUCGCGCGGUCGCGGACCCGCGAAAUUCAGGUAUUUCCGCGAAAUCCCGCGAAAUUCCCCAAAAAACGCGAAAUACCGCGAAAUCCGCCAGAAAUAUUUCCAAAUACAUGUCGGCAAAACGUAUUUAAUACUUAUCUUGGCUAUUAGACCGGUUUUAUUCACCCCAAACGUCCAAAUUUAGCUUGAAACUUCGUCACUUCAACGAGUAAACAACGUCCCAAAACUACCAGGCGUUUUUAGAUGAACGUUGCGAAAAACUGGGCACUAACCAUAAUGUUAAAAGCUUUAACAUUCGCUCAUUUCUCGAGCUAACUGUUGUUGAAAGAGCAAAUGAUUAUCCCUGUUAAAAAAAAACGUUCACUAACGCUGGUGAUAUCGACGCAAAAUUGAUCGAUUUUAGCGAAAUUUGCCAAAAAAAACCCCAGCGAAAUCGGCUGUUUUUUACUGAUUGUUUCUUGGCGAAGUUUGCCCCCGAAAUUUCCCGUGAAAUCGGCCGAUUUUCCUAAGAAUUUGCCCCUGAAAAUCCUUCGAAAAUUGACUUUUUCCCGCUAAAAUCCCGUGAAAUCGGCCGAUUUUUCCGCGAAUUUGCCCCUGAAAAUCCCGCGAAAUUUUGCUUUUUUUUCCGCGAAAUAUCAGAAGCCCUGAUUUGAGAGAUUCAUCUUUUUAUAACCAUGUAUAUAAACUCCGUUCUCCUGUACAUGUAAGCAUUAAGUUCCUAGUUUUGAAUCUUCCAAAAACAAACAUAACUCAUCUAAGCUACCUUGACAAGCUUAUCAUUCGAAAGCUGGUAAAGCAUUUGCCCUUGUUGCAAGAAUGUAGAUUCUUUGGCUGCCAAAUUUGCAUUAUUUUAAUGUUCCCGCUUGAUACUUAAAUGAAGUUGCACUUAACCCUUUAAACCCUAACAUCAAAAUUCAAAUUCUCAUUUGUUAUCCCUCUACAUUUUUAAUAGAAGUAGUAAGGAGAAUUUGUUGAAGUAUCAAUUAGAUUCAUCUUGUGUGAUCAUGUCCUUAAUUCUCAUGACCACUCUGUUUUAUAAAGCAGUGAUAUUACAUGGAGAAAUUUGACGCUGAUCACUCUUAGGGCUUAGAGGGUUAAGGUAGUUCUUCUGCUUUCUGAAGUUAAAAUGGUGAUGUGCUGUAGAAUAAUUCUAGUACUUUUGUGUGUGUACUGUGUGUGUGUGUUUUUUUUACGCUCCACUGAAUCAACAUAUUUCAAGAAAACAUUUACAAAUCUAAAAAUUAUGUAACUAUUUUGUGCAGAAACUUUUAUUUGUGGAUUGUGAAAAAAAUGCAAAGUCAGAGAAAAGCAUAAUGCAACACAGUUUUUACUAAUUUGACUAUUAUAUACUGCAAAGUGAAUAGUGCUUUUUGCAUAUGCUGUUUGGCUAGCGUGAAAGUGACCAAUUACUUUUCACCUCUAAGGAGAUGAAAGAAAUAAAAAAAUAAAAAUAAAAAAUAAAAAACCUUUAAAGACCUGAACUCUGGACACUAAGACUGGUGUAGUCUAUGCAAAGGACAUGACACACAACAAAAAGGCAGCAAUUGACAGGAUAAGCUUAUAAAAUCUGCCAGAGCUGUGGGCACUAGGAACUCCACUAACACAAGGCUUAGAAGCAGGUUCAGUAUAUGUCAUAUCCAGGAACCUCUUAAAGCUUCCUGGGAAAUCAGUGAAAUAGCCAUCAAUCUGGGUAUUCAAGAAGGUUUGAUAUUCAUUGUAAGGAUCCUGACUGUAAUUCCAGGCCAAAUACUUGUUUUCAUUUCUGAAUGUGAAUGCGUGGACCUUCAAGUUGUUGUUGUGUGCAUUAGUGACAAAAUCCGUGGUACUUUGUAGAUUGUUUUGAUCGACUGGAAUAAUAUUAUUCUUCCAUACACCAAUACCAGAACAAAUACUUGAAAGAUUUUUCAUUUUAUCCUGCUCAUUUGGUGGUCUGUAAUCAUAUAACAUCACCAAAGGUAACCUUGUUUUUGUUGACAAAGACCUGAUGCUUUCUUCACUGAAUGACUGGACAAAACACAGGGCAUCUUUCUCACGAUAUCCAUUAUUAUGCAGUACCUCAACAAAGAGAUCUUCAAAGGUGGUGUUAGCGUCACGGAUAAUAUCCAAAGAAUUGACCCACUCUGGACUCUUGAGCUCAGGGUAAAUUCCAACCUUUCUGUCUGCAGAUUUGGCAACUCGAAUGUAUUCUUCAAGUGUAGGUAUCUGGUACAUGUCAUCAAAACUAUGAUCUCUGAAAGGGUACUUUUGUCUAACACGGAUUGUCUUAAGCUCUUCCAGGGUGAGAUCAACUGUAAAUAUAUCUGUGACAGUCUUGUUUGGCAUGUCACCAGAUGCUGGUAUAUUAUAAGUCUUCACUCUUGAUCGGAGGGUUUGAUUUUGCCAUAUAUUCGUUGUUUCAUUCAACCAGCUCUCGUGGCGACAAACAAGUUUUAGGUCCUUGGUGAUGGAGACGUCACAUUCAAUGAAGUCAGCCCCUUCCUUGAUAGCUAGCCUUUAGGAAAAAAAAGGAAAAGCAAAAAAACCUUUAGAGAGAUGUUCCCACAUACAUUUGCUUAAUUUAAUGCACCUUUCCAUGGGUUUUGAACAGGUUGUUAUUUUCAAUGAAAUGGAAGAGUAGGUCACUCACUGAGGUGCAACAGGAGGUUGACCAUUAUUGCGAAUAAUAGCCUAUUGUUCAAUUCAGUGGCCACAAUAAUUUUGACCUUCUGGUUGUAAAACAAUGGAAUAGUUCAUUUAAUCAUAUAAUGCCCUACUCCUCGGCCUCAGGCCUGGGGCAUUUAACAGGGUUCACAGUCUUAAAAAGUCCUUGAAUUCCAUUUUUCCCUGAAAAGUCCCUAAAUUUCUGUGCAAGUCCUUAAAAAGCCCUUGAAUUUUUUUCAACUUUGAAUGUAGUGGCCUGGAAAGAGUUUUUUGAUGCUUUUUGGUUGUCCAAGACAAAAUAUAAAUCAUAGCUCAGAGAAUUUAAAGGUUAUUUACAUAAAGUGCUCUAUGCUUUAUGCAAUAAUUAACUAGUGAACUGACAAUGUAGAGAAGUUGGUAAAGCAAACAGUUUAAGCCUUAAAGUCUUAUUAGAAUAGACUGGGAAUGUGUAUUUUUGUACAAAUCUGUGAAAUUAUAUUCGUAGUAGGUGGUCCUUGAAAAUCUAAUGUGAUCCUUGAAAAGUCCUUGAAAAUUGUUUGCAAUUUUUUGUAUGAACCCUGUUUAUGCAGAUGUGAUAAAGUGAAACCUCUUCUUUGGGACCCCUUAUUCCAGGAGACACCUCCUGUCCGUAGUUUUCUGAAAUUGAAAUGUUUGUUUUUGUUUUUUGUUUUGCCUUACGGAUGUGUUUCUUAGGGCUAUCACAUAGAAUUAGCUGUUUCUUAUAUCAUAAUUAUGUGGUUUAAAGAUAAAUCGUUUUUACUCUUCUAAACUUUAAAAAAUAGAUCAAUAUGUCAUUAUAGGAAAAUGAACGCUGUAUCAAAUCAAUCAACACUGUCAGUUCUAAUCUGGAACAAAAACAAAGAACGAAUGUUCAUGAUGUGUAUAGGUUAACAUGGUCGAGCGAUAUAUUCGGAGGUAAUCAACUGGCAUGAUCCUUUUGGAAAUACAGUAGAUCACUUUCGAAGGAGUUGGGUUGUUACUCAUUCUCAAAAGUUCCACAAACAAGUUUUAUAUUUGUAUAAAGAACAAUAGUUUUAAAAUAUUCCAGUAUACUUCACAUGUAUUGUUAGUUACUGUUGUUCACUUACAUGUAAACAGAACAUUUGGAGUCUUAAUUUUAUUGCCUUACAACUUUUCAAUGACCUUAGAAUGUUAUACUUUAAAUGCAUCGAGCAUUUUCCAAAUUAUUCGCAUCAUUGAUGCCACAACAAUAUUGAGAAAAAUGCCAAUAUCAGCCGUUACAUAAUACAUGUAUAAUCAAGCGCAUGCUAAUCAAAUCUUUCGCUUUAAAUAGCAACGGCUAAAGUUAACCUGGCGAUCUUUUAGCACGCGUUUUCUCAUUAGAAUGAAGCUACAACAGGGUGAAUUUGCAAUUCCUAAGCGCUUUGCUUUCUAUAGAUAUCGCCAGUCGUCAAGGUUGUUCGGUUGUUACUGUACUUCCAGCCGACGAGUUUGUUGUUAGUCUCACCUGUAGGCUUCUAGGGUGUGUUCUGGGAGCCGACCGGAACUCCCUCGAUGACCAAUGUUUACAGGUCUAGUGGCUGGUUUUUCAGCAGCAACAUAAGAAGUCAGGCAGAGCAGCGUUAAAGGUAUAAGUAGCCACAGCUUCUUCAUGACUUUCCUCGUCUUGUAGAGUGGUGAAGGGUUCAAACGUUUUGUUCGAGUCAAAACAGAACACUUUAAAUUGAUUCCGACAAGUCAAUUGUGGACUAGCCAAUCACAACAAAGUUGAACUUCCACACAAACACCGGAAAUUCCUAAUGCGUUCAGUAAAAAAAUAACAAAGAAAUAAGUAAUGUAACAGUUUCAAAGUGCACGUUGUUAAUCCCCAAAUUUUGCAAAGCGAUUUUUCUCAACUUCUCCUGGGCAUUACAGUCGUCCCAAGAGAAAGCAAAAACAAAGUUUCCAAGAUUUUUUGGGGGAGGGGCGGGGGGUAUUGUAGGUCCUGCUGUAAUUAAACAAAAGAAGCUAGGCGAUUGAACGCUUUGAUUGGUUAUAAUUUAUACAAAUUGAAAAUGUUCGUAACUCGAUCCUACUAAUUGAAGUACAGUCCAUUUAGGUCCAUUUAGGUCCGUCCACGCUAAUGCGUUUUCGUUUACAUUUCGUUGACGUUUUGCGUUUUCGCAUACAUUUCGAUGCGGUUAGGCUUCCCGUCCUCACUAAAUCGCUGAGCGUUUUUAUCGAAAACGCAACGAUUUGAAAACGCUCGUGAAAGUCGGGAUCAAAACGGAAAGGCGUACAUAUCGUUUUUGUGUGGACGGUCGAAAACGGUCGAAAACGCGUCAAAAUAGAAACUAUGAUCGAAAAUAUCGCAGGCGCGUGUGUUUGUAGCAUGCGCAUAGAGUUCAACUUACGUCACAACUUGCAGCUCUAUCAUUUUUGAACGUUUUAGUGUGGACGGUCGAAGGUAGCGUGGACGCGAAUCGGUCGGUGCGUUUUCGAUGACAACGAAAACGCAUACCAAUGAAAGCGCAUUAGUGUGGACAGAGCCUUGGCCUAUUGUACACGCAACAACAACAACAACAACAACAACAGGCUUUUGAGGCUUUAUUUGCAUGACUAUUGCAAAUACAGUAUUGCAAAAGCGAUUUCAUAACUUAUUGAUAACUUAAAAUCAAAAUUAAAAUGAAGUAAAUCCUUGCUUAUUUUAAACUAUUCAGUCAUACUUUAGGGAUUGUUAUUCCGUAGCUGAGUUUUUUAUCUCUCAGUUCGAAGAAUGAUGAAACAAUUAAAAAAAAAAGAGUAUUCAUAAAAUGAUCAGUUAAGUUCAUUAGAUGCGAUAAUAAAGUUUCUUUUGGUAACAGUCGUGGAAAUGGUACAUGUACCAGGUUCUAUUUUUUUAAGUGAGGAACAUAUCUCUUAUAGAAGAUAAGCUUGCGCAUUUAAGUAAAAUUUGAGUUUCAUCUUCAACGGUUUUACAGCUACAGAGUCAUAGGCAUAGCUUGUUUUUUCGUUGUUUCAGCAUUUUACAAGCUUAUGUAAUCAUUUACUAUUACUACCCCCGUGGGGAAGUUACUGCCUAUGAUGACCUAUAAGGUGAGGUUCCGCCCAAAAGCCAUAGAGGGGUACCUUUGUCAGGCUUGAUAAAGGGUAGGAAUUUUACUUGUUAAAGUAUAUCAUUGGGUGGGGAAAUCUGUCAUUUAGGUAUUACAGGGUCUUAAAUUACAAUAUGUCGAACAGACGCACCUUUUGGCAGUUUUAUUUUAAUUCGUUAAACGUUACAUUACGAGGUCCUCUAAAGGAACAAAUUGAGGAUCUUUGUACUUGAUGGGCGGAAGAUAUGACAUAGAUUCCCCACCAUUAUGCAGGCCGGGGCCGUACAGGACAUCUGCUACCGCUUGUAACUGUAAGUUUCAUUCUUUUUGUCUUUUUUAGGUUUUAAAGGACUUUUCCAGCCUUCGCGUCAUUCCGUUGUACUACAUGCCGAAAGAUAUUUCCUUAAUAAUGUAUCAGAAUUCCUCCUCCGUCAACAAGGUAACUCCCCUUUCUUAACAGCACGCUUUCCUAACGGCAAACCGGGCAAUUUGUCAGGUAUACACAAACAGCUUCUCUGGUUAAUCAUGCGGUAGAAGACUAUUGUAAACAUGUAAUUGAGAGCCCUAUUGCAGGGCUAUUGAUAAGUUAAAAAGAUAAAGAAAGGGGGUAAAGGAAAAGGAGAACAAGCAAAAACAUGCCAUGUUAUCUAUUACACAGUAAGUUUAUGUAUUGUAAUCCGGGUUUGACAGGUUUUUUUGGCCUAUGGAUGACCGGCGAAAGAAACAGCGGCUGGACUUGGUGGAACAAAAUUUGACGUAAUUUUAUCAGAAGCAAAAAUAAAUCUCUUAAUAGAUCUUUUGGUCGAUAAUAUUUGCUCAUUACUGGCAUUGCCUUGCCCGUUUUCACGAUGGCGGCUACCCACAAAAUCCGUGAAAUAACCACGCUUGUUAUAUACCUACCGUAAGCGCGGACUAAGGGCCUGUUUACAUGGAGGUGUGGGACCCCAGGUAGGUGGGGUAACCCGCUUGUCCAUGAAAUCUCUCAUUUUAAUUUGAUCACGUUUAUUUACAUGUUAGGUGGAGUGACCCACCACAUGUUACCUCACCUAUCUGGGGUCCAAUCCCCCCCCCCACUUCCACUUUCAUGUAAACAGACCCUAAGAUAUAGGAUAUCUACUUUAUAGUUGUACAGUCUAGCUGUGGCAGGGCCAAACGGAGUCGAGCUGUAUCAAAUGAAGACAGGAGACCCACUAAGCGUAGUAUGUAUGAAUGUAUGAAAUAUUUCUAUUUCUCAGUAGUUUACCCAUUCCUUUCUUUUUCUGUCGCAUAAACUUAAACUUGCUUUCAUUUCCAGGAAGAGUCUUCAUCGCUGCAUUCUGAUCUGGCCAUUGCAUUGGUGCAGUUUUCCCCCGAUGAACAGUACUUGGCCGUGGUAUGUAGGUUUCAUUUUACAUCUAACCCCGACUCCCUUGACGCUUUUUCAGGAGCUUAAAAGAGCUCGAGCAUAAGUACAGUAGAAGUACUUUCUCAGAUCACAUACGCACUUCCAGUAUAUGGAGUCAGCCAGGUAGCGGAUUUUAAACACCAUACAAUGUUUUUUAAAAAGAUGCAAUAAGCGACGUUGCACUUCUGAGUUAAUUAAUAUCUAUGACCUUUUAGAGAAGUGUGACCCCAGGUUGUUCACCAAAAUUAUGAACAAUGUUAACCAUCCAUUAUAUGCCCUUUUGCCGAUAGUCAAAGAGUCAUCCAAGAAAUAAAGAUCACAAACAAGUCAAUUACCACGGAUUAAUACAGAACGUUUUAAGAACUGCUAUUUUAAUAGAAUAAGGUUUCAAUACAGCUUGGCAAUUUAACAAUAUAGGUAUCCAAUGUUUUAUCAGGUUUAUAUAAUAAUUGUGAAUGAUCUGUGCGAUUUUCAUGAUUUGUAUACUUUUACUCUCUGUAACGUUUGUUAUGUAUUUUAACGGGCGAGAUAAAGACAUUUAUUAUUAUUAUUGUUAUUAUUAUUAUUAGUUUAUCUCCGAAUAAGCAAGGAUUUGAGUGGGUUAUGACCCUUUGAGCCCUAAUAUUCACAUGGAAAUUCUCCCAACUGAUCUCUAUACAUUUCCUUACCGAAUUAGUUUGGAGAAUUUGAAAAGCGAGAGCAUUUUCCUGUGCUGAUCAUUUUAUCAGUUCUCAUAACCUCUUCUCUUGAUUGCGUAUUGAAAAUGUUUGGAGAAAAUAGAUGUUUGUCACUCUUGGCACUUAAAUGGUUAAGAUCCCCUUUUCAUUGCAGCUGCUUAUUAUUUGUUUAUAAAUUGCAGGCUGCACUGGAUGGGCAUUUUGGUAUCUGGACUGUUUCAAGCUUGGACACCGAUCAGAAAGGUCACUCUUCUUCCUCUGAAGGCUGGUUUUCACUAGCGACGGAGUCGGAGUCGUAAACGGAGUCGCAAGAGCGCUUAUGACCUAGUGAAAAUUCAAAAUCGGAGUCGUAGGUGGAGUCAUAAGUGCGACGGAAUCGGAGUCAGAAGAAUCAGAACGUUUCCAUGUUCUUCCGACUCCGCUUAUGACUCCGUCGCUUAGGUCCGCUUAUGAUCUGGUGAAAACGAGAUUGUCGGAGUCUAUAGCAGAAGCGGAAGGAUAAACCAAUCACAAUGCACAUUCCCACGCUUUGUGAUUGGUUUAGUUCUUCCGCUUCUGCUUGCGACUCCGACGACCCAGUUUUCACUUGAUCGUAAACGACCGAUCGUAAGUGGAAUCAGAACGCUGUUUUCACAAGAUCGUAAAGUUGCUUCUGAUUACGACUCCGACUCCGUCGCUAGUGAAAACCAGCCUUAAGCAGUGGUGAUAUAAAUUUUAUUGUUUUGUGUGAGAGAAUCAUGUUACCUUCUUUAAGUGACACCGGCCAUUUUGUUUUUACGACCUAAACAGAGUUCUGGUAUGUCCACCUUAAAACAGUUCGUAUUACUAGUAUGGAGUUUUCACCCGACAGUAGCAUGGUUGCAGUUGCUGGCUGGGAAGGUUCGUGGCAUUCAUACAGAAAGGUACGGAUGAUGGAGCUGAGAUCAUGGUCUUUUCAACUUUUUAAUUUAUCAAUGGCUAUUCACAGAUGGACGUGCAUUUUAAACUAAGGGUAGUUUAAAGAAGUUAUUUCCUACAGUAAUUAAUUUUAAAGCGGUCUUAGCGGGAAAAACUCCCGUGAUUUUGUAUUUCCCAUCCCAAAUAAACAUAAGAAACAUCAAAUCAAGCUUUGCCCUUUUUCCGGUUUAGAGCGGUUUUCAUUUGAGUGUCGAAAAGUAAUUGGUUUUGCACUUUCUACACGAUGCGAUUGGCUUAAAAGAUUCGCGCCACCUUUUCAUCCAAUCAGAAGUAAAACCAAAGCCAAUUGUGACGCAUUUGCGUCAGCCACAUGUAAUUACUUCGAGUUUUGAUUGGUUCAAUGUAUUGUCUGUGUCCUAUGUGAUUGGCCAGAGUAAUUACUUUGGUUUUGGUUUUACGACACUCAAACGAAAACCACUCUAAACCUAACAAGGAGAGAGUUUAGUUCAAAGUGCCGAGGACCCAGUUGGGUCAUCAGCCAAACUUAUUAUCGAAUGUCUUUUUUUUUUUGUCAUUCCUAUUUCAGAAAUUUAAAAGCGAAAGACUGUUAUGGGAAGAAUUUCACCAUAGCAAAACGUCUGACAGGGUUUCUGGGAAUUUGCCAGGAUCGUUGUUGAGUUGGUCCUCUGAUAACAGGUUUAUCAGGUAAUGUUUGCUUCUUACAUAUUCACAUGUUCUGAAAACAGAGUCGACGAAUGUCUUGAUAACACCAUUAACAGUUUAUUUUGACAUAAUCAAUUUUGGAGAAAACAGAGUGUAAAUAAUGUUUUAUGCAAAUGAAUGUUUCACUUUAUUUUUAGAUAAACCAGAAACACUAACUAAUAAAAGGUUGGCAUACUUUGGGCACCAGUGAAGCGACUUUUACCUGAAAAGUAUUUUUUCUUUUUCUUUUUCAGAAUAACACUAUGUAAGGAUAAUAAAUCUUGUUUGUCAACAUUUGAUACUCAAACGUCUGUUACCACCGUGACCCCACUAGAUGGUAUAGUGAAAGGAAUGGCAAGUUUUAGGUAUAAUUUACUAUCAUUUUGUUGUUGACAUUGAGCAUCAUCCAGGGCCAAGUUGUUCGAAGGUCGAUUAGCGCUUAACCCGGGGUUAAAUUUAACCCGGAUUUCUUUUUCUUGUGUUCAAAAGUAUUUUCUAGGUCAAUUUUCUCUGUUAUUUUAAGAGCUUCCAAUCAUCAACUUGUAGACGAAAAGAAUUGAAACUGAAAUGUUUUUUAUGCUUUCAAAUCUGAAUUCAAAUUAGUACUAACCCUGUGUUAUCUUAACCCAGCUUUGAACAACUCGGCCCUUUAUAAAAUUGGUAGCACGACCAUUGGCAAGAAUAUCUGGUCUCUAUCUCUCUACAAAAUUCGGUUGUAACAUGACUGUCCCUCUUUUCUUUCGCACCACAGAUGUGAUACUGUGUUAGAUAAGAAGACACUGCCGUUUUUCAAAGUUAAUCAAGGUCAAAAUUACCACAUACCAGUGUCACGUGUCUGUAUGUUUGAUCAGGUGUUCGACGCUAUUGCGAUCAUGGCUUUUAGACUUCCUUUGACGAGUUAAAAAUUUUUAUUGGAUCGCGUGCUCAAGUAUUAAAAGUAUUAAAAGUUAUUGUUUCUAGUAAAAUUAAUAGUUAGUAUUUCACCGGAACUCCGCUUUUAGGCUUGGCUAAGUGGGAAACAUAUGAUAUCUCAUCAUUACAGGGGACGUUCAUGUGAUUACAGUCUGUGUUUCCUAAGAUCGAAAAAGUGUUUUGCCGUACCAUGGCCGAUAGACGAAAAUGGUAAGUUUUUAUUACUAUCGACUUCAUUUAAGUAAAAGCUACCGUGGUGCUGGUUAUUAUUACUCUGUAAAUCUCCACAUGAGAGAAGAAGCUAUGCAAAUUUGGAACGAAAGAAAGCGUUUACAUAUUCCCACAGGAUUUGUUUGGAAGACCAACAUGGCCACUGUUGUUUUGCUUUGGGACACCAAUAUGGCAGGCUUGACUUCAUGUGAAAAGGCUCUUUACUAACUAGUCCGUAAAGGUCACACAGUGAUCCUAACUACACAUUAAUAGUCUUUUUUCAGUUUGUUACUUUGGGAUGGUAUUACCAUGAAAUAAGACAUUUUUCUUAAUGAGCGGACCAUCUGUUUGUUUGUUUAUAUCUUCUACCAGGUCCAGUUCAAAAGAUCGGUUCUGCUUCCAAACAACCUAGAAAGCUAUUACAAGAAGAAGAGUCAUUGGAGGGCUCCAUAGCUGUAGAGCGCUCAGCUGAUGGGGGAGUCACACUGAAGUGGAGGCGUACCUCUCGAAAUAUCCUUUCUUUACUGAGGGAUAUUAGCAAAAGACAGUUGAAUAAUACUGGUGCUGAUCAAUCAUCCAAUGCUCAGCUAUGUCCACCAAUACACUAUAGUGGAUUCGACAGUGAGAUCAAACAAGAUAAAUUUGGGUUACGAAAUUUAAGUCAUAGUGGAGAUGGCAUCAUGAAAACUCAGGAUGGUGAUGAGAUUAACUCGCACGCAAAAACGGGCGACGACAGUUGCAAAACUAUAGAACUUAACUCUGCUGAGGCUCUUGUGAGAUUGGAUUUCAGAGAAAUCAAACAUAGUCGUUUAAACGAUACAGGGGAUUCCUUGUGUGAAAUGUCUUUGGACGUCCUUGUUGGUGACAUUGCUUCAGAUAUCCCUCAAGAAGACAUGUCUUUGUUGACAAAGGAAGUUGCUGAUGAGGGUAAAAACGAGGAAGCAUUUCCGUCGUCUGAAGGAUCUCCUGCAAAUAAAUGUCACUUUAGAGCCAAUGAGGAGUAUGAAUUUAGUUACUUACAAGCACCGUUCAUCAACCCAAAGUUAUUUCAAGCGUCUUGUUUAAACGUCCCCUCCUUUUUAUCGGACAGUAGUACUCAAUUAUUAAAUUCCACAAACUACAUUGUAGUAGCUGUCUUGCCGCUGCUGGCGUACGUGUAUCAUCGGACAAGUGAAGAAUGGAGAACACUGCUGUUUUCGCGGGCAGUCAAGUGCUGCUGUAUUUCCAACGGUAAGUGUUGCGUUUAGCUCUUCAUAUCUUGAAUGUUUAAAAUGAGGUGGCGAGAGUAGAUGUGUGCUCUUUUGCUCUGUAUUCUGACGCCUUGUGAUUGGCUGAAAUAGUCUGCACCCGUUUCUCCACCAAUCAGAAGUAAGUCUAACACCACUCGUCACUUGCCGGCAAUUGUUUUGCCGCCCUUUUCAUCGGUUACAGCAAUUGCUUCCAAAUACGAACGCUUCAGUGACCUUGAUAUUUUCUUCGUUCUGCUCAGAUAUAUACAUGGCGCUUCUCACAAAAGAUGGUGGGAUUAGAAUUUGGUGUUUAGAGACCAUGAAAAUGCUGUGUUUUAAAGAUGAAGUUCUCUGUGAUAGUGAAAGUGAAUUCCAGAGGUAAGUAAGAACAGCACUACUAGUUUCUGCUACGUUGGCCGUAUUUACAUUAGCGGACUUCGCAGACGUGUAGACGCUUUAAAAAUUUGCUUAGCUGCGACGUUACAUAUUGAUGACGUGUUUGGGUAGUACUUCUGAUUGGCUGAAUAAAAUUUCCCACGCGGCGCGACCAAUCAGAAGCACUAGCCAGAUCUGGGUAGAGACACGUCAUCAGUAUGGAAUUUCGGCGCUCGUUCCUCAGACGUCAUCUCGCGGGGAAACCGCUGGUAGCGUCAUGAAAUGUCGCUGUUUUCUCAGGCUAAACCAGAACGUGAGUAAGUUUCCUCUCAUUUAGUAGUCCGGGUAAAGGAAGAUUGUGCGGAUCGAGUAGAUUUUUCUGAUUAUUUUCUAAUCAUAAUUUACUGUUUACUUCCUGUUCCUUUAGAUGUAUCAUAUCCGGAAAUCCGUUUGAACCGCAAUUAAACAUCAUUAGACUGAACAAGACAGGCUGUGGAGAAAGAAUACGAAUUUGCUUUCAGCCAGGUACGUCACCAGGACGCGUAUUCUCUAAAGAUGGUGAACGUUGACACAUGGUUAAGAGACAAUUUUAUCAAAUCUUCCCUGAGAGCACGCAUCUAGAGUUAAUGAAACAUUCUUGAGCCUUUUCUCAGAGACCCAUUAAGACUAACCCAAAAUAAAGUCCAAAACCCACAAUUGUGAGUUAAAUUUGUAACCUUUUGUUUGCGCCAACCGGCCGUCAUACGCAGACGUUUUAGUCCCUCUCUCCUGUGACUCGUGCAGCCCAAUCCCAGCAACAACUUUGCAUUUCACCCACAGACUCACGAGGGAAAAGUCCCGGGUAGGCCGCUGCGGGUUACUCCACUUAUAAUGGAAAUGUGAUCAAAUUAAAAUGAGAGAUUAUAUGGACAGGCGGGUUAUCCCACCUACCUGGGGUUCCCCACCUCCAUGUAAACAGGCCCUUAGUUUAGUUUCUGCACAUGUUUAAUUUCAGAUCACGGAGGUGCUUGCGUGACGGUGAAUCGCUUAAGGGUUUGUUAUCCAGAUCUUCUAAGCCACGCGUGUUCAACAAAGUUGUGUGGCUCUAUCGGGCAUAUGAUCAUCUUCAAACAGAGCUCCUCCGGGGAUCAUCAACACAGAACAGCUGGCCAGGAGUGCGAUGAUUCCACUCCCUCGAAGUGGAUAAUAAUUGUUCCAGGUACGAAAAGACGAGCUUGUUAGCCGUUGUUAAUAAACGCGUUUGGGACAAGCAUCUAUUAGUGUUUACGAUACGUUGGCUUAUGUUGUCCUGUGCUAUAACAUGCUCUUAACAGCGUGAUAUACCUGUGUAGCUGAUAUUCGAGAGUACACCCUUAAUAACUCUCGGUUUGCAGCCACGUGACAAGUCGGCCAUGGAGGUGGCCAGUACAAUAAACAAUUUGUUUUAAAGAAUUUACAUAAAAACGGAAUUUAGUUCCCAGAGGAGAGAAACACUUUUGUUCCUGAUCAUCAACAUGGGCGCCAUGACGUCACUUGCAAACCAGCCAUAAAUGACAUUGCUUCUUAAAAAUUAAGGACAAAGUAGCUUAAAUUUGUUAUUUUAUUCUCUGGUAAACAAUGCAUGUUUCAAUCUGUUAUCUGUUAUUUGAUUUACUUUAUUUACAGAACUUGGAAUUAGCCAGAAUUUCGUUGAAGACAGAGAAUGUUCCUUAGAGGGAUUUGUAAUUCGUCACCAUAACGAUUUAUGCAAACUAAGCAGCUUGGCAGCGAUGAAACGAUAA